AACUGAGUGAGGAAAGAACACAUCGUAAUUACACCUCUUUGAAACACCUUAUCUCUCCUUCUCGUGCACACUUUCUACCACUGCAUUUUAUUCAGUGUGUUUUUGAUCACAUUUUCUGUGUUCUUUCCUGCAAGAGAAGCAAGGGAGUAAAAGGGAAAGGGAGCCUCCUGAGUGUAAUUAAAGAGAGAGGGCAAAUUGUGUAUGCGAUUGUAUGAUAUACAUAUAGUAGAGAAUAAUGAGAAGAGUGGAGGGAGAGAUGUAGAUGUAUGAUAUACGGUAGAAACUAGUAGAGAAUAAUGACAAGAGUGGAGGGAGAGGAGAUGUGGUUUCAUGAGGCCUGUGGGCAGCAGGGGUACUGCGUUUGAUCAUCGGCGCUCAUCAUUAAAGCCCAUAUCUGGUCUGCGGAAGGCAAUGUCAAUGCAGCCCCGACAGCUGGGCUCAAGAUAAGACAGGCGAGCAGGAAGAUGCCCAUCCUACCCAGUUGCUAUGGAAAUGUAUUGAGUAUCCACACCUUACAUUCCACAGCAAACACACACUCAUACACUCAUACUCACCCCAAAACAUGAAGAAUAAAAAAGGAACUCUUCUCCACUUCUGACUGUUAUAUACCCUCUGAUCAUUUCUAUAAUACAGAUUAGGCAUGUGCACCCCUUCACUUCUCUGAUCCACAUGGCUGGGAGUGAGAGGGUGACAGUGGUCACUAUGUUUCUCUCUCUGUCAUGCAAAGGUGAUCUCAGACCAAUGUUUGAGGGAAACUGAGCAUAGGGGUCCACAGAUAAGACCCAGGAGGCUGAGGAAGAACAAAAUUUAAUUUCAUCCUGAUUUCUCUUUCCUUUGUUUUACACGUACAUUCCUUUCUUUUUAUUCACUCUCUCUUCCUCCUCUUUCAUCCCUCCCUUCUGUCUACCUCUUCCUCAGUACAGUCAGAGGGAUUUCUCACUUUGACAAUGGACCUUGUUUUUUUUUUUUUUAAUGAGACGAGCAAUGCACACAUUGUGCUCACCCGGAAACGAACACACAAACACAGCUGGUGGGGCGUGGGCGAAGUAAGGGAUGCCUCUGUUGUCCAGUCAUCAUGCCGGUGAGGAGGAGGAACAGGGCUUGGGCAGCCAGAACAUGAAACACCGACUGAGGACGUGUAAAAUAACAACACACAUAUCACAAAACCUGUCUGAUCACCAAUGAAAAGUAUGUUAAAAAAAAAAAAAAAAACCUGCCUGAUCUUCACGCUGUUUGUUUCUUUGUCCAGUGGAACAUAUAGUACACAACGAAACCACAGUGUGCUGAACAUGUACACUACAACGUUAAAUUUGAUCCCCAGCUAACCUGCUUGAUUUAGAGUUUCCCAUCUUUGUCAAUAAAGAAGCCAUCUAUAACAUAUAUCUCCAUAUGUGUAUUUGUCUGCCUCAUUCCUCUCCAAAUCACCUACCUCUCUGUCUCUGUGCUGCCACCUGUGAAAACAGACUGGACCUGUUGAGAGUGGGCAGAGAGCGAGAGGAGGAAAGUUGUGUUGGUGCUGAGAAGAGAGAAAAAGGUGAAGAGUUGAAAAAGCCAGUGCCUUUGCCAGUGGUCUCUCGCUCUCUCUCUCUUUCUCGCUCAAUGACGCGCACACACACACACACACACACACACACACAGUCAUUUAACAUAUAUCGGCUCCAAGUUAUCCUUGCUCUAUAUCUACUGUCUUAAACAGGUAUUCCUGCAAAAAUGAAGGUUCUUGAUGGCCUGCACUGAGUGGUUCUUUUAUAUGACUAAUAUUGGUAGUUAAAGUUUUAUUCUUUAUAGUGAAAUGCCUCCAGCAACUUAAAAACGAACUAGAUGUAUUGGGAAUUCAAUUUGUCUACCAUAACAGAGUUAAAGGAAAUUGGCCAUAUGCGUUUUGCCUCGUGUUCCUCAUGCUCCCUGUUAAAUCAUAAACGAGCCCUGUGCCCUUUGCCUGUAACCCCCUGCCAACACACUCACGUUCUUCGUGGUGAAUCUCUAAUAUCUUCUGUCUACGCGCUCUAUCUCAAGCUCCUUCUACCCCUCCCUUUCCGUUUCCCACCCUCGCUUUUGCUUGACCCGGCUGAUGACGAAGGAGAGAUUCCAAGGUGCCCACUAACGUAGGCGCGAACUGAGUUCGAGUAUAAAUAGAGCCCUGGACCCAUGGUUCGGUACUCUCUCAGUCGCUCCGACUCGGGUACCAGAGCAUCAGCGGAGAUAGCUGCCAGUCUUUCGCUUCAGCAAGCUAACUCGCUCUCAGCUUUGGUUCGGAAUGGAAACCCCUACGAUCUCACGGAGCCGGCGGUGCUCCAUUGCGCACAAUUUUAAGAGUGGUCUUUCGCUGUGGCUGGUCGUCUGGCUGGUUCUGGUUAAACCGGCUCCCGUUCAGGGCUGCCCGCACUCGUGUGUGUGUUACCCGUCACCCAUGACGAUCAGCUGUCAGGCGCAAAAUCUGACCAUUGUACCAUCUGGAGUGCCCGACGAAUCCCAGCGUGUCUUUCUGCAGAACAACCGCAUUACUGAGCUGAGAGUGGGGACCUUCGGAUUUGGAACUCAGGUCCUCUGGCUUUUCUCCAACAACCUCACCUGGAUUGAGUCUGGCGCCUUCGGUGAGAUGCGUGACCUGGAGGAGCUCGACCUGGGUGACAACCCUCAUCUGCGCCGUCUGGAAGGGGGUGCCUUCCGUGGCCUGGAGAAGCUGCAGAGCCUGCACAUGCACCGGUGCCGGCUGGCAGCUCUGCCCCAUGACAUUUUCCACAAGCUGUACAGCCUGCAGUUCCUCUACCUGCAGGAAAACCAGCUCCACUUCCUGCAGGAUGACCUGUUCUCUGACCUCAUCAACCUGAGCCAGCUUUUCCUCCAUGGCAACCGCAUCCGCACCCUGUCCGAGAAUGUGUUCCGGGGCCUGGUCAACCUGGACCGGCUGCUGCUGCACGACAACCGUGUGCGACAGGUCAACCGCCGCGCCUUCCGCGACCUUGGCCGUCUCACCAUGCUCUUCCUCUUCAACAACUCCCUGGCAGAGCUGCCCGGUCAGGCGAUGCGUGACAUGGACUCCAUCCAGUUCCUGCGGCUCAAUGGCAACCCCUGGGCCUGCGGCUGUGAGGCCAGGCCCCUCUGGGACUUUUUCCGCUCCAACCGCAUCUCCAGCUCUGAGCUCGUCUGCGCCUCCCCUUCCCCUCGCCGUGGCCUUGACCUGCGUUUCAUGCGGGAGAUGGACUUCGCCCUCUGCCCGAUGCCCGAUCCUGGCUCCCUGGCCGGCUCCACCACCACCACCUUCAAAACCAAUACCCGCUGGUGGUUCUCCAAGCACAAGCCAGUGUCCUCCUCCAAGGGUAUCUUCGAGAAGAGUACCGAAACCGUGAAGGCGUUCCCCUUCAACGGGGGUAAGCCCACGUCUACCAAGUACGAGUUGAGCGAGGAUGAGGCCCUCCUCCCCAAGCUGGACCCCGAGGAGUACUGGGCCAACUAUGAAAACGAAGAUGCCGGUGCCACACUGCGCUGCUUUGAGCUUGAGUGUGCGCCCGACUUUGAUGUCCUUCCACCCUCCUCCUCGGCGUCCUUCUCCUCUAUCUCUUCCCACUUCUCCCUCCUCUCGCUGCUCUCCCUGUCUCUCCUCACUGUCUCUAUCCACCUUCUUUUUGGCUGAGUCCACACCCCCCCACCCCACCCCCUGAACACUUCUUGUCCCUUACAGGGAUUCCUGUUUACUCCCUCACUCUUCAAAUCAUCUUCACUCCUCUCAACAUCUUCCGCCAGACUUUUGUAUCUCUGUUCUGUUCAGUUUGAGCCUCUAGACCUCCAGGGCUCUAGAGGGCACUAUACUGAUAGAGGAUACAUCUGGGGAAGGAGGGGGUUUGGGAUAGAUGCUAUUGCAGAUUGUGUUAUGGCAUAGCUGCAAAGGAAAUGUAUUGAUUCAUAAUCUCAGCCAGUACGGUUAGUGAGAGUACUGUGUUUACUUUACCUGGUGAUGUGGUUAUCCUCAACCAGUGUCACCACAGUCAGUGCAGGUUAUGUUUUUCUUCAUGUACAGCAUUUAUACAGUUCUAUCUUCAGCUAUUUGUGCUAAUAGACAACCGUGAUUGUGCUGUUGCUACUGCUGUUAGUGGUACUGCUGUUUUUGACUAGUGCCAAUACUACUACUACUACUACUGUUAUUGCAAGUGGCACUAUACUCUAUUCCUAGGGCUGAUCAGUACCAUCAGAACCAUCACUACUGUUAUUGCAAUGACUGAAGUCAUUAGAUCAUCUAAUACUACUUUGCUGUGAAUUGUCAGCAUACAAGAUCAUUUGUUGCCACAUUGUGCACAUUACGUAGGCUAAUAUUAGCAUUAAAUGAACAUGGAUUGCUUUGAUUCUACAUCAGAGCUUGAGUCCACAGGGAGAAGAAUACCAGAUGGGGCUAGCAGGAAUUAGGCUUCUCUGUUUCUGCAGACAGUACGAUGAGGCUCAGCAGUGAGAAGGCAAAGUGAGAAAACCGAGCUCUCGGUAAGGAGAGACCAUUAAGGUGAAAUCAUAAAGAGAGUUUGGCAAUGGAACAUAUAGAAUGAUCUAGAAAGAGAGAAGGACAAAGGUCAGGGAGACAAGAGACAGCACGCCCAGGCCAGAGAAAAGAAGUGAAGACAGGGACUUACUUUUAUGAUUAAAUGAAUUUGAGUUGCAAUUAAGUUGCAAUUUUCCGUCUUUGUUUGUAUGCAUCUGCAAUGUCAUUGUCACUAACUGUUGUAAAUACUUCAUCAUGGAGAGCACACUGUACAUAGUUUCCUUUCCAAUCUUCUUUGUUAUGAUUGGUUGUUCCUGUGGGUGAUGUAAUUUGUCUGACCCAAUGCAAUAUGAUGUAUGGAGAAUGCAAGACCAGAAAUGUACUUGUCAAAAAUGUAUGUUUUCAAUUGAAAUAGAUUUACACAACUCUUUGAAGUCAGUCUGGGUUGUUUGAUUACAAGAUCCUUUUUAUUGAUUUAAAAGUCCCUCAAUUUCUGUGGGCACUCUCACUGGGUAUCCUUAUCUGAUUGCUUUUGUCACAAUCAGUUUUUUCCAUUUAAUGUCACUUCAAACUCUUUAAUCCUCAUUAAUCCCCAUGAACUAAAAAACAUACCUUGAUUUGGAAACAUCAGUCUUUCAGAAGAUCGUAGUUUCUCAGCUGUUGGACUGGGCAAGGCCCAUGUACAAUAUGGGAGAAACUGGAGAGAUGCCUGAGAUUACUGAAGGCCAAGGCUUACCACAAAUAAGACGACUACAGACUAUUACCUGGGCUCAAUACAAUACCUAAAGUCCUCAUAGAACAGUACAUAAGAUCAUGGACUAACUGUGAGAAGAGGUUGAGGUAUUGACUGACAUGAUGUCACGAAGGCGAGUGAAAUCACUAGCUGACAGCCUGACUGACAGAUUGGCGGUCUGAGUUGACAUAUUGGUGUACCACCAUGAACUUUGACAGUUUCUCAGUCAAUAUGCUCAAUCUUGGCCUGACAUGCAAAAUUGGUGAACAGCAAGACCUUCGUCUGAUUGGUGGAGACUUGAGACUGAUGAAUAUGGCUCAAGUCCAUCUCUUGUUUUCUUCAUUUUCUCCGUUAUUUCGUUCACUGGACACCUGUUGUGUUAUUUGUCACAUUCUAAUCACUUUGUCCUGUUCUGCAGCACGUUUGUUCCUUGGUCAUCAUGGACUGUCUCACUCCCUCACUCACAUGUGGGUUUCAUGCCUUGACUAAGGGAGACAUGCACUGAGAGAACUCCUCUUCCUCUAAGCAAGGCAAAGACAUCUACACACUGGAGAGGUGGAGAGGACAAGGGCAGACAGAGUGAAGGUGCUUGUGUGGGUGGCAGUGAAAAGGACAGAGCGAGAAAGAAGUAGAGGAUGGAGGAAAAGAAAAACAGUUUGGAAAGAGGAGGAUAUGGACUCCAGGCACUGAGUUUGAAAAGGCAGCAAUUUGAAUAGAUGGAGAGAAAAAGAAAUAAAGACAGAUAGACAAGAGUGAUAAAGGGAUGACAUGACAAUAAGUUCAGAAUGCAGUAACAACACAUUCGUUAUUAUCAUCUCCUGUCCGCUCUCAUCAGUGCAUCUCUCCUUUCAAUGUAAAGGAGAAGAGUAAUCCUGGAAUCCUACUGGUUGUUACUUUAGAAGCAAUGUUUUUAUUGUUAUUGUUAGUCCUUUUUAGCAAUAUUCCUUUCUUCUCCGCAGUCUUGGGGGGUCAUGUUCUUUUUUUGUGUUCAUUCUUUUGUUUUAUUCCUGAAAGGUACAAGGAUGCAAUGUAAUGUUAUAUGGGUGAGGUCAAACUGCAUACUGGUGCUCUCAAGUGACCAUUUUUGUGAGGUUGCUUUCAGAUGACCAAAGCACUAGUUAUACCUUUUUACCCGGUAUUUUGAGUGGAUGUGGAUGUGAGAAGAGUGCAUGUCUGUAUGAAAGUGUGUGUAUGUAUGUAUGAGUAUGUUGAAUGGCAGCAUAUCUCUGAGAGAACAAGUUGUCUGUUAACUGUCAUCUUUUUCUCAGAUGGAGAAUAAAAGAUUUUAUGUGGUUUUGAAAAAAAAAA